UCCGGUCCCUGCGUGGGGGCAGCCGGGCCGAGGGGAGGGAGGUGGCUGUGCCGUAACCGGUCACCCCGCCCCGUGACAGCGAGUUCGGCUCCGAGCUGGGCUUGAGAGCGGCCCCCCGCGCUGUUCCCGGGCCAGGAACCCGGACACAACCCCAGGUAUCUAAAAGCAAUUGGCACAGGAUCUUGGCUUUAUACUCUUAACUGUCUUAGAGGGUGAGUUUUACGACAUUGGGAAAUAGCAAUUUCAGCUGAGAUCGGAGCUGUGACAUUGAUCUAAAGAGAGAGAGCUCAUCCUGCUCUCUGCCUCUUUUCUGUAUGCAAUGUAGCUCCUUGAAUGGGAGGCAGGAUUUGGGGAGCCCAGCUGUCGAAGGGCUAUCUGUGCACUCAUCUGCAGGGAUAUUUGGAAGGCAUGUUGGGGCAGGCAGUAAGAAGACUGCACAGAUCCACAGAACGUGGCCUUCCAUGAAGCCAGCCGUGGAGACUACGACAUCCCUAAGAGCCCACUUGCAAAAAGGAUUCAAUCUUCACCUUUUGCUUUAGAAAACUUUAACCUAGUGGCUCCUAACUAAGAGGCUGAUGGUUUGAGCUGUUUCCUGCUGAAUUGCCUGAGGCUUUGUGCCUGUGGUUUCUACAUACCACUUUGAAGACAGUUGUUUUCUUGUUUAGUGAAGAGUGGAAGUUGGAUAAAAUCAACUUUAGAACCCAACUAUCCUGUUGACUAAGCUCCCAAAAGAAAUACUGCAGAUCCAUCUAGCAAUCGGAGUAUGGCUAUGAACAAUGGCAAUAAUGAUUUUGUGGUCCUGAGUAAUGGCAGCAUCCUCUCCAGUGCUACCAGUCCCAGCAUCCUUUCAGCUACUGAUGGAGGCAUUGCAGCCCAACAUCUCCCCUCCAAGGAAGCACCAAGAGCAAAAGUGAGUCCAAAUGGAUGCCUGCAACUUAAUGGUACAAUCAAACCAUCCUUUCUGCCUUUAGACAACCAAAGAACUCAACAGAUGUUGACACAAUGCUGCCACCCUUGCCCAUACCAUCAUCCUAUAAGUAUCCAUAAUAAGCAGCAAGAAUGUCAUUCACUGGCUGGGAGCACAGCACCAUCUCCUAUGACUUCCUGCUGCCUGCAGCCACAUACUGAAUAUUCAACAUCUAUCUGCCAAAAACAUACACCUAUGUAUCAGACCACCUGCUGCCUUCAACACUCCCCAUCAUUCUGCCUUCAUCAUCAAUGGCCUGACCAUUUUCAACAUCAGUCUGUUCAACAACAUGUAGCCAGUGUAAGACCUGCCAGACCAUUCAAAUUACCAAAAAGUUAUGCAGCCCUGAUAGCUGACUGGCCUGUGGUGGUUCUAGGCAUGUGCACUGUAUUAAUAGUGGUGUGUGCAUUGGUUGGUAUAUUAGUUCCAGAUCUUCCAGACUUCUCUGAUCCUUUGCUGGGUUUCGAGCCAAGAGGGACUGCAAUAGGCCAGAGAUUGGUCACAUGGAAUAAUAUGGUGAAAAACACAGGGUACAAAGCAACAUUGGCAAAUUAUCCUUUUAAAUAUGCAGAUGAACAGGCUAAAAGUCAUCAGGAUGACAGAUGGUCAGAUGAUCACUAUGAGAGAGAGAAAAGGCAAGCAGAUUGGAAUUUCCACAAAGACAGCUUUUUCUGCGAUAUUCCAAGUGAUCGAUACUCACGAGUGGUGUUUACUUCCACAGAAGGAGAGAACUUGUGGAACUUGCAUGCAAUUAAAUCAAUGUGCAAUGUAGAUAAUUUGAGGAUAAGAUCUCAUUCCCAAUUUGGUGAUCUCUGCCAGAGGACCACUGCUGCUUCAUGCUGUCCCAGCUGGACGCUGGGCAACUAUAUUGCCAUUCUAAACAACAGAUCGUCAUGUCAAAAAAUUGUAGAACGAGAUGUUUCUCACACCCUAAAGCUGCUUCGUACAUGUGCCAAAUACUACUAUAACGGAACCCUGGGGCCAGAUUGCUGGGAUGUGGCAGCCAAAAGGAAGGACCAGCUCAAAUGUACAAAUGUGCCUCGUAAAUGUACAAAGUACAAUGCUGUUUACCAGAUUCUGCACUAUCUAGUGGACAAAGAUUUUCUAAGCCCAAAGACUGCUGACUAUGUCUUGCCAGCUUUAAAGUACAGUAUGCUCUUCUCUCCAACAGAAAAAGGAGAAAGCAUGAUGAACAUUUACCUGGAUAAUUUUGAGAACUGGAACUCUUCUGAUGGUAUAACGACCAUCACAGGGAUUGAGUUUGGAAUAAAACAUAGUUUAUUUCAAGAUUACCUAUUAAUGGAUACUGUGUAUCCUGCCAUAGCCAUUGUCAUUGUUCUCUUAGUCAUGUGUGUGUACACAAAGUCCAUGUUUAUCACGCUGAUGACCAUGUUUGCAAUAAUUAGUUCCUUGAUUGUAUCUUACUUUCUUUAUCGGGUAGUAUUUAAUUUUGAGUUUUUCCCUUUUAUGAACCUCACUGCAUUAAUUAUUCUUGUUGGAAUCGGUGCAGAUGAUGCUUUUGUCCUGUGUGAUGUUUGGAACUACACAAAAUUUGAUAAAUCUCACGCUGAUACUUCUGAGACGGUCAGCAUCACCUUGCAACAUGCUGCUCUUUCCAUGUUUGUAACCAGUUUUACCACCGCAGCUGCCUUCUAUGCUAAUUAUGUCAGCAAUAUUACAGCAAUCCGAUGUUUUGGUGUUUACGCUGGCACUGCCAUAUUGGUGAAUUAUGUUUUAAUGGUAACAUGGUUACCAGCAGUAGUUGUGUUACAUGAACGGUAUCUUCUCAAUAUAUUCACUUGCUUCAAAAAACCUCAGCAAAGGGUAUAUAGCAACAAAGGCUGCUGCACAGUGUUGUGCCAAGUGUGCCACAAGAUUAUUUUUGCAGUCUCAGAAGCAUCCAGGAUAUUUUUUGAAAAAGUCUUGCCAUGCAUCGUUAUCAAGUUUCGAUAUAUUUGGCUGUUCUGGUUCCUUGCUUUAACUGUAGGUGGAGCAUAUAUUGUAUGUGUUAAUCCAAAAAUGAAAUUACCAUCACUGGAGCUCUCUGAGUUUCAGGUGUUUAGGUCUUCUCACCCUUUUGAACGCUAUGAUGCAGAGUACAAAAAGCUUUUUAUGUUUGAACGUGUCCACCAUGGAGAGGAACUCCACAUGCCAAUUACAGUAAUCUGGGGCGUCUCUCCUGAAGAUAAUGGAGAUCCUCUAAAUCCUAAAAGUAAAGGAAAGCUGAAACUAGACAGCAGUUUUAAUAUUGCAAGCCCAGCUUCACAGGUCUGGAUUUUACAUUUUUGCCAGAAGUUAAGAAAUCAAACGUUUUAUUACCAAACUGAAGAACAAGACUUUGCUAGCUGCUUUAUUGAGACAUUUAAGCAGUGGAUGGAAAAUCAGGACUGUGAUGAGCCAGCUCUUUAUCCCUGCUGUAGCCAUUGGAGAUUUCCAUACAAACAAGAAGUUUUUGAGUUAUGCAUCAAGAGAGCCAUCAUGGAGUUAGAAAGAAGCACUGGGUACCAUUUGUACAGCAAAACCCCAGGGCCUCGCUUUGACAUAAAUGAUACCAUCAGGGCUGUGGUACUGGAGUUCCAGAGCACCUAUCUCUUCACACUGGCUUAUGAGAAAAUGCAUCAGUUUUACAGAGAGGUGGAUUCAUGGAUUUCAAAUGAGCUUAGUUCUGCUCCUGAGGGUCUUGGCAAUGGAUGGUUUGUGAGUAAUUUAGAGUUCUAUGACCUGCAAGACAGUCUUUCUGAUGGUACUCUGAUUGCUAUGGGUCUUUCAGUUGCUGUUGCAUUUAGUGUAAUGUUGCUUACAACUUGGAAUAUAAUUAUAAGCCUUUAUGCAAUAGUUUCUAUAGCUGGAACUAUAUUUGUCACUGUUGGCUCUCUGGUUCUUCUCGGAUGGGAGCUAAAUGUGUUAGAGUCUGUCACUAUUUCUGUAGCUGUUGGCUUAUCUGUGGACUUCGCUGUUCACUACGGAGUUGCUUACCGCUUAGCUCCUGAUCCAGACCGAGAAGGAAAAGUCAUCUUCUCUCUAAGCCGCAUGGGCUCUGCAAUUGCAAUGGCUGCGUUGACCACAUUUGUGGCUGGAGCAAUGAUGAUGCCUUCCACGGUUUUAGCAUACACCCAACUUGGCACUUUCAUGAUGCUUAUAAUGUGCAUUAGUUGGGCUUUUGCAACCUUCUUUUUCCAAUGCAUGUGCCGUUGCCUUGGACCUCAAGGCACUUGUGGCCAGAUUCCUCUGCCAAAAAAAUUGCAAUGCAAUGUCUUCUCCCAAGGUUUGUCAGGAAGCCAAGGAGACCAGGGACAAAACAAAGCACAUCCUGUCAACACAGUUCAGUUGGAUUCUGGAGGGCAAAAACCAGAAAUGGAGCAGGAGCAUUAUGAGUUAGAGCCUCUGGCAUCACAUACCAGUAAUUGUAAUUCAUCGGAGAAAGUAAGUUAUGAAGAAACCCACAUCUGCUCAGAACUUUUCAAUGGCAGACCCCCAAAUGCAUGCAUGCCUGUGCAUUCAGCAUAUAACAGUGAAUUGAAUAAAAGCAACAAAAAUGAAGCCGGCUCAACCAUGGUACAGCCAUGCGUCGACCAGCAUCCUGUGUGCCCACUCUCCUCUCAGAACAGGCAGUGCAGCUGUCCAGAUGCAUAUAGGCAGUUAAGUGACACUUUGUGCUACCAUUGUGCUCCAUCAUCUGGUAAUGUUGUGCAGAUCCAAAACUCUGUGCCGCCUGUAAAUGUUUUACAGCAAGCUGUUGAAAGCUAUGUUCCCCCAGUCCAACAUGUGCUCCAUUGCAGUUGUCUUCAGGGGAGACUGAAAAGACCCACGAUGCAGAACUCUCUGCCUAGAAAUUUUUUUCUGCAUUCAGUACAGCAGUUUCAAACACAUGCAAGAAUAAACAGGAGAGAUACACCUAGUCUUCAGAAUACAGAGGAGAGCAUAAGAACUCUUCCAAAGGUGACAAGCUCCUCACCAUUUAUCUGCAGAAGUGCUGGUUCUCUUAUAAAACCUUGUUCUGAAGCUGAGAAUAAUGUAUCAAGUAACCAAAAGGGACUCUGUAAAAUCAGAGACAAGUGUGAUUUAAGGGGUACAGAAGUAAGUGGGAAUGAAGAUAAGAGAACUUCAGUAUCAAAGCAGAAGAAAACUGAAAUCAAGAUAGAUCCGAAUCCAUCACAAACUGGCCAACUUUUGAAGGCUGACCAAAAUGAUCAGAAACGCAUACUGAACAGUACAGUGAGAGAGGCUGGGUAUGAGUCUUGCCCUGAAAAUACACAAUAUUGUAACAGAACUAUAACAGUGAAGUGCAAUUCUGUUGACGGUCAAAUGCCAAACAUUGAAGCCAAUGUGCCUGCUCUGUUAACGCAUCCAGAACUUUCCAAUGAAAGUUUGUUAAUAAGAACGCUAUAAUAAAUCUUACAUUUGGCAAUCCUAUGUCUCUCUUUUAAAAUUAAUUUAAUUAAAAAACAACACUAUGGAUAAAACAAAUUUAUAUUCUAGCACCAUUUUGAAAUGGAAAAUAUAUUUUACCGAACAAUGAACAUUUGUUAAAAUUAGUUAAAAAAACCAUUACUGUGUAAUGAAACCUGAUGUUGUUGAGAAUGACUUUCUGUAAGUAGUAAGAGGACUUACACUUAAUUUAGUUUUUGUCCCAGAUAUUUGAGUCUGAGUUCUCCUUUUCCCACCAUGCUGAAAAAUAAAGCAUUCCAAAGAGACUGUCCACUUUCUCAGACCACGAUUUAGGAGAUUUGGUAAAAUUUUGAGGGAAGGGGAUGCUGCCAUAUUGUCCAAGUAUACUCCCUACUCUAUUCCUUUGCUCUCUUAGGAGGCUUACAGGAGUUAUGAAUGGUUCAAAUCUAAUCAGCCCUUCUGCUGAACACAAUGCUGGCACCUGAAAG